AUGGCGGCGACUAACAACGUCCCCGUGACUCUGGACACGCCCAUCGUCGUCAAGGUCCUGUUCCGCGGCCAGACGAAGAAGUUCAAGCUGCCGUUGAAGGAUCUCGGAGCUCACGUGCUGCCCGACAAGCUCCGCAGUGUUCUUCAGCUUGAAGCCGGCGAGCAGGUCGUCUUCGAGCGCUAUUCCGACUCUGCCGCCUCGUAUGUCACCCUUGACGCGGACAAGCCCCAGGUCUACAAGACGCUCUUCCGCGCCGCAAAGGCGAAGCUCAAGUUGCGUCUGAGGGCCACCGUACCCGGCGAAGAGCCCGUGGCUGCGCCCGCACCUACACCCGCGCCAAACCAUGUGGUCCGACACUACCAGCCCACUGCCCACCCCGUCAGCACCGAGACUCUCACUCCACUGGGCGGCGCUCCCGUCUCUCCCGUCAUUGCCCGCUCCCCAGAAAUCAAGCCCACCGAGAGCACCAGCCCUGUAUCGCCACCAACGACGGUAGAUGCUGACGGCGAGGCUCCCGUACCGCAGGCCUUCACCGCUCGUCAGAGUAAGCAGCAAUUCCACAUAUCCAUGUCGCACGAUCUUCGGCUAAUGCAGUGUACAGGCUUCUUUAACAACCUCGCAACUGCGAACUACAACUCCGGUCUCGCAUUCCGCCCUAAGCCGAGCAACGCCUGCACUUCGUGGGUCGUAUACUGCAACAACUGCAACGAGCCCAUGGAGGACGAGCACUUCCACUGCAGUGUAUGCGACGGUGGCGAUUACGAUCUCUGCCCGGCCUGCGUAGACAACGGCAUCCACUGCCCCGGAAGCGGCCACUGGAUGGUCAAGCGUUUCGUCAAGAACGGCAGCGUCGUCAACAGCACCACCCAGCGCAUCGCACCCAAGGUCAAGGCCGAGACCGAGGAGCCCCAACAACAGGAGAUCCCAGGCGCCUUUACCGAUGAGAAGCAGUCCGUCACAUAUGAGGAGGAGCCAACCCGCACCUGCAACUGCUGCGUCAAGGUCCUCCCCGAGAAGGAAUUCGUUACCUGCGUUCCUUGCGAAGACUACGACCUCUGCCUCACUUGCCAUGUUAGCAACAAGCACGGUCACCACCCUGGUCACACCUUCAAGCCCGCCACGUCCGAGACUGUCCUGCCUACCCUGGCCGAUUUCUUGUGCAAUUCUGGCAGGAACGUCCGUCACAACGCCGUCUGCGAUGGCUGCGACAAGUUCAUCUAUGGUGUCCGCCACAAGUGCUUGAACUGCCCAGACUGGGACUAUUGCUCUGACUGCCUCAAGAACGCCAAGUUCAUCCACCCCCGUCAUCGCUUUGUUCCCAUCUACGAGCCUUUGGCAGAGCCUCUGAACAGCGCAAACCGCCACUACGGUAUCUACUGUGACGGUCCCCUCUGCAAGGACAAGGAGAACCUGUCAUACAUUGACGGCGUCCGCUACAAGUGUGCUGUUUGCCACGACACCGACUUCUGCCAGAACUGCGAGGCCCAUCCCAGCAACAAACACAACCACACCCACCCGCUGAUCAAGUUCCAGACGCCUGUACGCAGCGUUAGCGUUACUACACUCAACGACGACAAGCAGCGUAAGUCUAUGGCUAGACUCGGCGACCGCAUGUGCGAUAGGCGAUCUACCUCAACCGAGACUGCCCCAGUCGCCCCUUCCACCAAUGCUGCGACCCAAGUCCAGACCAUUGUCGACGUGAAGCCAUCCGCGGAGCCUCAGGUUAAGAAGGAGAAGAUCGCUAUUCGCGACCUUCUCGUCGACUCCGUUGAGCCGGUGCAAGAGAAGCCUGCCGUACCUGCUCAGGUCAAGGCGCCAGUCAAGACCGAGGCUAUUCCCAUUCCUAGGUCAGAGACUGCUACCGAGGGCCUCGACGCGCACUUCAUCCUGGACACCAUCAUUGAUGGUUCCAAGAUCUGUGCAGGCCACCAGUUCGUUCAGGUCUGGACUCUUCGCAACCCUGGCCCCAACGCUUGGCCACGAGGCUGCAGCGUCCGACACGUUGGUGGUGACAACAUGCUCAACAUCGACAACACCCGUCCUUUGAGCCACGUUGAGCUUGCUGAAGCUAGCGAGAGCAACGUUCUUGGCCACACUGUCGAGGCUGGCGAGGAAGCCCAGUUCCGUGUGCUCAUGAAGGCACCCCAGCGCGAGGGCACUGCCAUCUCCUACUGGCGCCUGAAGACCCCCGAGGGUAUGCCCUUCGGCCAUCGCCUCUGGUGUGACAUUGCAGUCGUUGCCGUGCCCUCGCCUGUCGUCGCUCAGCCAGCUAUCCCCAUGCCAGUCCAGGUUCCUACUCCCGCAUCCGGCUCAGCCACCACGUUCGAGGUGGCUCCUAGGUCGAACCCUCUGUACGACCGCCUCCUACAGGCCAGGGCUGAGCGCAUGAAGCAAAUGCAACACACUCAGCAACAACAACUGCAGAAGAUGAAGGAUGCACACCACUCUCUGCAGCAACAGCUGGAUCAGCAGAAGAUGGAGCGUGUCCAGCGUGUACGCAAGGCUGCCAUGGAGCGUCUCAUGGAGGGCCGCCGCAAGGUGCACGAGGAGGCCAACCGUCGUAAGGAACACGAGGCUGCCCUUGCCACUAUCAAGCAGGAGCCGGUUGCUUCUCCCAAGGAGGAAGUCAAGGUUGAAGAGCCAGUUGCCGAACUCCCAGUCGAAGAAAAGCAGUCUGCAUCUGAGCCCAUCGCUUCCGGCAUGAUCUUCCCUCAGCUUGACAAGGAGUCGCCCGAAUCCAGCACUUACGAGUCUUCUACCACUGCUCAACCCGCCUCUCCAUCCGAGAAGAGCACCGUUGCACGUACUGUCACCGUUGCCUCAGAUGACGAGUUCUUUGAGGAUGCUGAGAGUGUCGCCCUGAUGUCCGACGAUGGCUUCAUGACCGAUGAGGAGUACGACAUCCUCGAUGCCAGCGACGAAGAGAUGCAGUAG